GGCGUACGUCAGUUGCGCAUCUGCGAGGCCGUGAGCUCCCUGGUCCAUCGGAACUGAGGUCACAGCAGCCGCACACACCACCUGCUCGACCGACAUCCAAGCGUAGGUAUGUCCAGGUCCAAGAGGCAUGACAGUACCGAUGACAGGAUCAGCGCCCUCCCUGACGAGCUGCUCCACCACAUCAUGUCCUUCCUGACGCCACGGGAGACUGUGCAGACAUGUGUGCUCUCAAGGCGGUGGCAAACCACCUGGGUAUCUGCGAGGUGCCUCAUCAUCGACUCGGACCAGUUUUGCAUCUUGUGGCAGCUCAAAACGUUUCUGGACAAUUUACUUCUGGACCGUGGGUGCACAUCACUCGAUAAGUUCUGGCUCCGCAUCAUCUUUGGCAACGUUUAUCCUGACAAUGUAAUGGAUUACUGUCAAAUCCGUCCGUGGGUCUGCCAUGCCCUUCGGUGCAACACCCAGGUUCUUGGCAUAGUUCAUGACGGCGAACUUCUUACCAUUUCAAAUGCCUUCACCUCAUCAAAUCUGAAGAGGUUGCACCUUUGUAAAUUUGAGGUUGAUGACUGGUUCGUCGAGAAGCUAUUUUCCGGAUGCCCGAAAUUGGAAGAGUUAGAACUGAUAUGCUGUUUUGUUAACAUCGUCAUGCUUUCGUCUGCCAAACUUAAGAGAUUGACUGUUACCACUUCUGAUGAUCGGUCAGUAGCAUGUUUGGGCUAUGAGGAUCUUGUAAUAGAUAUGCCAAAUCUGGUCUCGUUAGACAUAAAGGAGAUCCCUGAUAGAAAUCCAUAUUUCCUGAAUUUGUCAUCGUUGGACACUGCCUCAGUUUGCCUUACUACAGUCUCUUUCAAAGAUUCUGAUGUUGACUGCAAUGUUCUCAGUGCUCUUUCAAAUGCCACCAGCUUGAGGUCUCUGUCUCUUACUGUCAAUGAUGAAGAGGCAAUAAAGGUAGUGGGAAGGGAUGCGCUAAGGUGUGGUACAUUCAGCAACCUGAAAACUUUAUCGCUGGGUGAAUGGUGCUUGGGCUCUGGCUGCAGGGUGCUACUCCACUUGCUCCAGCGGUCGCCUAAAAUACAGAAACUUAUCCUGCAUCUUACAGAUGUUGGAGCUUCUCAGAGCGAUCAGCAGCAUGCUGCUGCAGUAACAGAUCCAGACUGCAAUCAAACAGAAACACCAUUCAAUUGUGAGAAUCUUAAGAAAAUUGAAAUCAACUGUCCACAAGGCGAUAAAAGAGUCCAUGUCAUUGUGAGGAUCUUAUUUGAGAACAUUACCUCUCCAACAGAAAUUAAUAUCACAAGCCAUUAGCUAUUUAGAGGUCAGCAUCUACAGUAAGCUUUUUACAACUCAACUGUGCCACCUGGCCAGGAUUAUCAAGCUUUGGUCUAGGCGCUUCUGAUUCCUGGAGGACUUCUGCUCCAUUUUGAAACAUUAGUCGCAGUUUUUUUUGUUUAUCUGCCACAUGGUGUUUGUGUGUGCUGUUAAGCUUUUAUUGCCGACUUUAUCGAAUGGGAUUUUAUCAUGUUGACAUAUAUAGUGCAUUUGUUUCUGCAAAAUUUAUCUUGGACAUUUAAGGGACAUGCCAAAAGCCCACACUUAUUAUGGUGAU